UGUUCACAUGCCCCCUCACGACUCCGCUCGCCUCAUUGCAAAGAUGGCAGCCCCCUUGGUGAGGCGCGUGGUGGGAAUUCGCUCUGCGCAAGUCGGGUCUCUCGCUGUUACGGUGUGAUGUUGUUCGUGCUGCGAACAAACAUAUCUUGCUGCGAUAAUGCCCACCCCCCCCCUCCUCUUCCCCGUGUAACUGACGGCGCGCGAUUGCGGCCUAUCAACACGACCUGUUCAUACCCUGAAGAUAUCCACAUUUGGCAUACUGCUGUCGGUUCAGAGGUGAUGACAUAGCAGGGCCUGAACCUCGGUGGCUGAGGCUGUGGCCCAGACGGACAACGCUCAUCGUCAUGUACGGCCGUGUCGUCAGCCGCCUGUUCGCUGGAGGUGGUGCCGUCCCGUCACGGGCACGAUCCUUGAACUCCUUUCCUGCGUGCGGGAGCUCUUCCUGGCGGUGCCGAACCCUUCCGUUUCAGACGUCCUCCCGCUUUAGCAUCCAUGAUGUUGAGCAAUGCAAACGGACGUUUUCAACGUGUCUGACACCCGAAACUGGGGUACGAGACACAGGCCAUGCUGAGAGCAGAUUGCUUGCCCCCGCCGACGAGCGUAAUUUUACUUCUUCGAGCAAGCCUGCUGGUUGCCUGAGCAACACCGAGCACGAUACUUCCAUAGAUGACCCACAAGCGGAUGUCAUCGCUUAUGGUAGAAAUGCAAGUUCUAAUAGAAACCAAGGGAACAGCCGACGAAACCCCAAGAGGGCGGUACCGAUCGCAACGGAACUUGUUGGAACAGCUACCGAAAAAGGUGACUUAUUGGAACCCAAAAUUGAGAUGGCCAAACUUCUGGCCACGUGCGAAACCCCAAGCGAUGUCUUGGAGCUCGCAUUGGACGGGCUUGCGCCUAAAGUGCUGAACUUGGAUGUUACUGCUGCCGCCGGCGAGCCAUCGGCCGUGGGUGCCGGCGACUUUGCGGUGCACCCGCCGGAUGUGCUGGACACAAGGCCCUGCUCCCUGCUCAUUGCCUGCUGGAGGACGCUGAGGGCGCUACCGCCGGAUCGUGCCGCGUACGAGCAGCGUCGGAUGCUGCAGCACCCGCGCUUCCCGGGGCUGUGUCAGCAGGUUCUGCGCACGAGCCGCUACCUGACACCUGGGCUCCUGGGCUACACGCUCGCCGCUGCCGUCAGGCUCGGCAUCCCGCUGCGGAGCCGCCUCGUCCAGAUGCUGAUGCGCACCGCGCAGGUAAGCAUCAAUGAGUUUAACGGGCGAGCCCUGGGUGUGGUGGCGAGCUGCCUGCCCUUCCUGCUGCAGGACAGGAACACACAGGCGCUGCGAGCUGCCCUCACGAUGCGAGCGCAGCUGGCACUGCCCGAGGUGGACAGAGUGCCCGUGCUACUGAUGCUAAUGUAUCACUUGGGCCCCACCGUGCCAACCGCCCUCAAGGACAAGCUCGUGACGCAGGCGUGGGCGCUCUUCGUCCUGGAUCAGUUCACAACAGCCAACGUUCUCAGGUUGUUCUUCAGCCUCGCUCGGAUGCAACACAACGCCCCCGAGCUGCUGUCCGCGGCCAGCCCGAUCAUCACUGGGAAUCUGCAGGAGCUGAAGUUCUCUGAGCUGCUGCAGCUGUUGAAAGCGUGUAACCAGCUGGGCUACCACAACACGCGGCUCUUCUCUUCCAUCGCAGAACACGCCGUCACCAGCCUGCAACUCUACAGCUUGAACGAGGUAUGUACCCUACUGCUGCUGCUGAGCAGGUUGAAGUUCCGACACCCGGGCCUGCUGGAUGCAGUCGCUCUCCUCCUGCUGCAGGAGCAGCAGCAGGAGCAGCAGCAGGAGCAACCAAAGCCGUGUCACCUCGAUAAGAAGAACCUCAUGGUCCUCCUGCACGUCUACUCCUUGCUCAACCACCAGCCGCACGGGGCUGCCGAGACGUUCCUGGGGGUGUUGAGCUCGGCGUUGGAGCAUCAUCUCCCGGAGUUGUCUGCACACGAGCUGUUUGUGGGUGUGCGGGCGCUGUGCAUCCUGGGCCAUCGCCCGCCCAGCGCCGUCGCUAGUGCCCUGCUUGCAGACCACUCCUGCACGCAGCUGCUGAGCGUUUCAGUGGCUGCAGACUCUCUGAAGUGCCUGCAGAAUGAGUUGGAGCUUCAGGCCAUCAGGCUGAGCUUGCAUCUGCAGAAGAAACUCCCUGGUGUCCCUGCUGCGGAAGCUGCCCCCUCCUCCCCAGACCCGAACCCAUCAUCCUUGAACCGCUGCCCUGAGUUGCCCUCUGUGCUGAUUGAGGCCCUCCGAGGGAGCGGCCAAGUCAGGGUCGGGGUCACCGUGGGUGGGCUCUACAGUAUAGAUGCCGAGGUGACCCUGCAGGAGACAGAAGUCCUUCAGUUCCUCCAGGGAAAUGAGUGCCUUGCUCUGCAGGAUCACCUACAUGACCCAGGAGACAACCCACACAACCAGGGAGAUUGCCUCCAUGUUCCUGGAGAUGGUGUUUGUAUCCUCAGAGAGGAUCCACUCCCAAAGCCUCUGCGGGUUGCCAUGCUGUGUUGCCACCCCGCUGAGUUCUGCCUCGGGUCCCAGCACCCGUGUGGAAAGCUAGCGCUGAAGGUGCGGAACCUGCACGCUCUGGGCUACCGCGUAACGCUGGUGUCGAGCAGCCAGUGGAAGAGGCUGCAACCCGAACGCAGGGUGCCUUUCCUGCGGCAGAAACUGCAGCUUGCAAGUGGCAUGGCAGCGGAGUGUGGCAGCUAGAAGUCCUGUGGUGGAUGUUUGCCGUGCGUAAGGAACUGGUGCACCAUAGGUGUCUCCCUUUGUCAAUCUCAUCCCAACAUACAGCAGUCCUCGUGCUGCAAACUGGCAUUUGUUCCUUGGAAAUGUAUUAAAAAUAUAUAUAUACCCGAGUAGAAGGUAUUUAUCGUGGUGAAAUGUGUUGUUUUGGUAUGAUUGCUUUGGUAACAUUUUUUUACGGUGAUGGCACUUGUCCAAUUAAAAUGUACGUAAAUCCGA